UGGUUCUGUGGGUACAAUCUGCCAAGCCUGAAAAGAAGCUCGUGCUUGCUUGCUGCUGGCUUGCUCGAGGGGUGAUGAGAAUCCUACCCUUCUUACCCCUUGCAAUGGAGAGCAACUGGGCUAACUACAAACACUUGCAGACUUUGAGUCAAAUGCUACUAUGGACAGCUGUGCUAGCCCUGGCUCUUGUUGCUGGGACACAUGCAGAUCUCCCCAAGGCUGUGGUGAAACUUGAGCCCCCUUGGAUCCAGGUGCUCAAGGAAGACAACGUGACACUGAAGUGCGAAGGGGCCCACGAUCUGGGGAACUACUCCUACUCCACCCAGUGGUUCCACAAUGGGAGCCGCAUCUCGGGCCAGGACCAGUCUAGCUACAGGUUUAAAGUCACAAUGAAUGACAGUGGAGAAUACCAGUGCCAGAUGGACCAGACCAGCCUCAGCGGCCCUGUAUAUCUGGGAGUGACUUCUGACUGGCUGCUGCUGCAGACCUCUCAACUGGUAUUCCAGGAAGGGGAAACAUUCACAUUGAAGUGCCACAGUUGGAAGAGCCAAGCCCUGAACAAAAUCACAUUUUUCCAGAAUGGAAACCCCAUGAGGUUUUCUAAUAAUAAUAGCUGGCUAAUCUCAAAAGCAAACCACACUCACAGUGGUGAUUACUACUGCAAAGCCUUUUUAGGAAAGAAUCUACACACAUCGAAGUCUGUGACCCUCACUGUCCGAGGGCCCAAACCAAGCAACUCUUCACUGACAUUGACAGUCGUGGCUGCUGUCACUGGGAUUGCUGUAGCAGUCAUUGUUAUCAUCCUAAUAGUUUUGGCCUAUCGCAAGCAAAAACAAGCUCCAGCUCUCCCAGGAAACCCUGAGCACAGGGAAAUGGGAGAGACCCUCCCCAUGGAAAUAGGUGAGUACAGCAUGCCCUCUGGAGGCUCAGUGACUCUCAUCCCAGGGCCUCCAUGUGGACUGGAGCCAGCGAGCAUCAGCUCCUCCAAUCCCAUUGAUGAUGAGGAAGCUGCCAAAACUGAGGCUGAGAAUACAAUCACCUAUUCGCUUCUCAAGCACCCAGAAGCUGUGGAUGAAGACACAGAGCCUGAUUACCAGAACCACCUUUAAUCUCCCUUGUCUUAGUUUGGGAUUGAGAAUUUUGCCAGUCACAGGUUUCAGGGAGGGAAGACUGAGGGCCGCUAGUGUCUCCUGGCAAACUGCCAUUGGGCAUGGUCAAGUGAAUGCCCUAAAUCUUCAGAAGCAGGACUUCCAGAGUGACCAAUGUGAGUCCUGAAACCAACAGACAAUCUGGUCCUGGUCCCCCGGGUUGACUGCUCUGCUUCCUUCUAGGACUUGCACCUCAAGACUCUUCUGUUACACAUACACACAGCCAAUAAAAUUAAUCAAAUUACUGUCAUUAAGAGACUGUAGCUACAAGGGAAAUGCUUGUAUUACAGGUUACAUGAGAAUAAUUAUAUUAGUAUACAUGAUCUCAAAAAUGACAAAAUAGACUUGUACCAACAUGUUAAAAGUGAUAUUUCAGGAACUAUAGAAUUAUAAGGGAAUCUUAUUUUCUAUCUUAUUUUUCCAUAAAGGUCAUGAAUUACUUUUACAAUAAAAUAUUAUUAAAACAAUGUUCUCUUUA